AUGUACCCCGUAAAUUUAGUUCUUCCCAAUGGAGCCACAAUCCGGAUUCGCUUCAAGGAACCGCGUCAUUUGCUACAGGUGGGGUUUUAUUGUUUAUUAAUCCCUUCGUAUCCAUAUUUCCUCCUAAUUUACGUAUUUCGAAUCACGUUUGAGACCUUACGCCGGAUGGUUUGCAUCGAUUUCCUCUUAGGGAAUAUUCAAUUCCAUUUCCCUCAGAUCUUUAUUUACUAACUGCUUACGUGAUCCGUCCCAUGUUUUAAUCUCCAGAAAUUUGCUCUUCUCCGUUUUCGGCCCGUGUAAAUUCGUUCUCGGUGUUCUGCGUUUCCAGAUACCCAUAAACCUGGACGAAUGCUCCGAAGAGGAAAGACAACGUAGACUAUUGCGGCGGAAACCGCGAACCCGCCUCAUGCUCCAGGAGGAGGUUGAAGACACAUUCAAUCCUGAUGCCUAUUCAUUCCUCUGGUCAAAGAAACAAACUGGAAGAUGAGACCUUUGUGUGGAGCACCUUACUGCAGAAACUGUAAAUAAAGUUCCUUAUUUUAUUUACGUUUUUUAUAUAACUGGACAACUCAAAUUCCUAUGAUCCCCUGGGAAGAACGUGCCACUCUGGCGUUCCUACCUCCUUGGUCACGAGGCCAGUUAUGUACCGGUCGGUCGUUUAUACAAAUCUUCGUCCUACUUUGGUAUGUGUUCUCACUUCGAGUCUUUUUCCCCUAUGUCGCGUUGCACAGUCGUAAUGCAAGUAACCCCACGAUGACUCGACCAUUCAACGAGCUAGAACAGAACUGGAUAUCUCCAUAAGAAUGGGUUCUAUCACAAAAACGGCCUUACAGCGGACUGAGUAUUGAUUGUCGGCAACGGUAGUGCAGAGAGCCCCCUUAACUGUCGUAGACUGUGGAUCGUGUCAUACAGAAAUGAUGGAAAUGGGAAUUUUGCGAAUGAGGCAGCACAUCAGGCGGCAAGCUGAUUAAAUGCGAAAAAACAGAAAUCAUUCGGCUUUCUGCCGUCAGUCUUAUCGUACGCUUUCGUAUGCCAACGGGAAUGAGCGCGUUGAUUUAAAAAAAAAACAAAUAAAAAGCAUUUUUCAAGAAAGUACGGGGCUUGGGUAGUGGUUCGAGGUCUUGAGAAGUAAUCGCUGGCAGUUUAAUGUCUGCAACGGCUUGCAAAUGGAUGCCAAGGUAAAACCCCAUACGACACGACCCAUAGUGCAUCGACUGUUGGGUGGAGUCCUGCACCCUGCCGUUGCCUGAUCAUGUGUGUGUCUCUUCUGCAUCUACCCGCAUUCACUGGCUUGCUGCACCGACACCGUCAUUAACAGGGCGGGAUUCGAUUCAACGCCGUCUCGGGUGAGGUCAUCUUAGCAUCAACAUAAUGUAUGGUCUGGCCGUUCGACGUCGGAGGUACUCGGUUUGAUUUAACCUCGGCCCGACCUUUAGUUCUCUGCUGGAGCCUGCUGCGGAGGUGCACCAUCAGCCUCUACUCACGAGUCAUUUCUCGUGCUCGUAUAUAUAGGUUGUCCUAUAUGAUGCUUCGUGUCUUCAUAGUCGAGUAUUCUGACUGGCCUCCCACCGGCUCCAGAGGUUUUAACAGAGUCAACCGAAUGUCUCGCGCAUGACAGGUUCGAUUUUCGUUUUAAUCACUUUCGUACUGCUUGGUGGAAGUCGGAGCAUGGUUGUGGAAUUGUCGAAUUGGGGCAUUGACGCCUAAUCGCAAGUCGGGGAAAACUUAUUAGGUUGGACAAUCCUUACUGAGGAAGAAGAGCGUGCUAGCGGCUCAGCAAGCAGUUGUAGACCGCCAAAGAACCUGUCGGCUGACCCAGGAGCUUCGUCCUUCGUUAGCCAACUUUUCUAACCUGAAUAGCUCAGACAAUUAUAUUUCUUGAGAUGUCGCGCUUCCAAAUCCGAACGGUCUCGCUUGUCCCACGAACUGAUCAGCAUAGUUGUGGUCUGCAGUUCCUUGGUUGUGGUGUUUUACGGAAGCAAGACUUCUUCCAGAUGCGUCGUAAAAGCACCUUCCCGCGUAGUUUGUCCCCGACCGUGCGCAGUCCCGCGUACGCCUGAGGCAAGGUCAAAAUAGUUACGAAUUUUUUCCAUUCAUCCAUACUUCUGUCCUUUUAGACAUUAACGGUCGCUGCAGCUUUCUUGACGCGUUGCCAUGCGGUCCGAUUGACGGAGUCGAUUGUUCCAAUCAAAUCCAUGGAUCUUUAAUGAACCACUUGUGACAGUGAUUGUAUCCGUGUUUCUGUAAAACAGAAGCUCCUUCGAGCCCUGAUCAAAGCCACGCUGACUCAUUCUUGCUUGUCCUCCGCAACUUAGGCCGAAAUUUUUGGGGGGAACGACUACGAACACAGGCAUCAAGGUUAAGAAUGCGAUUCCGCGGUAGUCCUUGCUAAAUGAGUUGUCACCUAUGUUGAAGACAACGAUGGUCCGUAGUUGCGGUUCUUCGUCAAUAUGACCAGAGGACUAUGCACCUAAAGAACGAUUAUUAAAUUCACCGCCGGGUGAUUUGCUUUUUCCCAGUUCCAGGUACCGUCAAGGAUCUAGAUGUUUUAUGGGCUGGAGUUGUGCGUCUGAGCGCCUUUAACUACGGCUCAAACGAGCAGCUCUCCAGGGUUCAGCAGUUGACAAAAUUUCGCCUCUGCCAGAGAACAGGUUGCGUACCUUUCUCAUAUUGGGAGGCUGAUACGUGGCGUUACACCAAAUCGCAUUGCAAAGGUUCGUUUAAAUCUGUAAUUCGUUGCGGCUAUUCGCCAAAACGGUGCGUCGAGAAUGGCACUCCAACGAAGGAAUGCUUACCUUGGUGAUGCCAGUUCUGAGAACAAAGAAUGAGUUCUACGCUGACCACUUCGAUCGUUCAUAAUGCCAUACCAGCCAGGCGUCUGUUGAACUGUUAUGGUAGGGCUUCAUCUGCUACCGCACUAGUGUGCAGGGAGACGCCAUUUGCUCAGGCAGGCGUCACAGCUCUCAAUUAUGCCUCUUAAGGAAAGGUAGUAGUCGCAGGAUGUUAUUUAACGAUGGCACAGAAUGUCAAAACCACCGCGUUGUAACAGUUUUAUGGAAUUGUCGAUUACAUUGUGCAUCAUAAUUGAUCUAUCAAACUAAGAAAACGCUUCAUGGAACAGUAAUGGAACGGGCGCUCACAGCCUUAUGCGGAACAAGCGAUUUGGAGGAGUACCUGCUUGGCUAGGAUGAGAUUCACUGAAGCUAAUCGACGACUACAGAGCCUUUCAACUGGGCGUUAGUACUCUAGAACAGGCGUGUUAUCCUGAUGAAAAACGACCUUGAGCAAAAACUACCAAGACCCCAACCUUAUGCUCUAUCGCAGCACAUUCGCUUGGCUCGAUCGCUACCCUUCGCAUAUUCGUAUUUUCGCUGGCGAUGACCGUAAAAAUGGGGUCUCCUAAUAAAAUGUCAGCAGAAACUUUACUGAGACGGAGUGCACAACCUGAUCCAAGAGGCCAGAGGAACGUGUUGACGAGCGUCUGCAUAGAUGAGCGACUAAACGUAUGAAUCGCCCGGACCAGUCAAUUGGAAGCAAGCUGUCAUUUGGAGUAGACUGCCGUCACUCCUGCACGUAGUCAGUGUCGGCAACAGCGGACUGACCAGAGGGGAAUGUAAGGUGUAAUGUGAAGCAAAAGCAAAUUAUUUAACUGUACUUCCGGCCGCAAGGGAGUCGCUGUACCGUCAUAUCACCAUUCUUGCUGGCCCCGGGCUGCUACUUCGAAAGGCGCAAAUUAGCUUAUUUUGCUGCUGGCUCCCACUUAAACUUAAUGCGAGCUCGUUACAAGCUCGUAACGGUGGCUACAAGGACGUAAAUCAGCUGCCCGAUGUUCGUUUCUAGCUCGCGUUUGUGCAGAGUACCGAGGUCGUUACAAGCUCGUUACAACUUUCACGACUCGAUCUCGUUAGCCCGAGACAGCGGACUCGGUCCGUGCUCAUAAUGAGUUCGAAAAUGAAACUGAGCUUGUUGUCGUCCGGAUAUCCGCCCAACCCACCUCCCCCCCCCAAUUCCUGUUCACAACCAGGUCCUUCGUCGAUUAAUAUUAAUACAAAUCACAUAUGAAAAUAUCUUAUUUAUUUAAAAAUAAUGUGGAGGAAAUACAGUGUUUUAAUGUCCUUUUGGCACUUCUAAUUGGAGUCAUCGGAUUUUGGGGCACCAAUGGCAGCUGGUGGGGCAUCUGAAAGCAAGGUAUUGUAGAAGAGUAAGUAAAUGCAUUAUAUUUUUCGUUUAUUACAUGAAGCUUAAUAAAGCACACAAUUUAUCCCAUUAAGUAUCAUUUACAACCUCCUGAGGUUUGGAAGGGAAUAUAUGUCGUCUGCCUGGGACCUCAUGAAAAUGCGAAAGCAUUCAGGACGAAGGAGAAAAGAAGAUGGGAACGCGGCCGACGGGGCAGGAGCUUCGCUCGCCUGACUUCUCGCGCUCACGUGCUAAUCCAUCAUCAGAGACAGCAACAGACUAGGAAAGUGUUUGCAUAUGUGUUGCGGUAGUUUUGACGUGCGAUUUCCAUGCCACGGCAUAUGCAGCGAAAUCGCCUACCGCCGUGUUCAUUGCAGAUGGCCGAAUGUGUUGUGAUUAUUGCUGGAUUGUACGCACCCGGGUAGUUAAUUGCCGUAAUGUCAUUACUCUUAUCAGUUACCGGUGUAAUAGUGGCUCGGCAAUUCGAAUCUUAGACACUUGGAACAGUAUGCCACUACCGACAAAGACAAGGGAGACUGGAGUAGCCAUGUCUGGCUUAUUAGCUGUCGUCAGCCAGUAUUACCCAACCUGCAGGUGCUUGGCCUAUACGGUUCAACUCCGCGACCCGUUAGUUAGAAGUCCACCGCCCUAACUACUGAGCCACAGGUUCGUCGUGCUGUGGAUAAUGCUAUUCUCCUUAUAUUAUGGGCCACUGUGCACCUGCUGGUGGGGUUUGAGAGAGUCCCAAGGCACAACAGGACGAGUAAGUUUCGUAACGCGAUCAGUGUGUGCCCCACUACCACUUGGUAAAAUUUCGUGACGACUUUUCAACUACAGCCCGUCUCUGCAAAACAUAGGUAACAAAUGAAAGCGCGCAUGUGCUGCAGCAGUAUGAAUUUAGACAGAAUGGCAGUGCAUAAGAGCAACGUCGAGGUUUAAGGCAAUGAAUAAUAAGAUAAGACGUCCACAUAAGCGUCAUAUAGGAAAGAGGGAGACGAAAUGUUAACAACAAAUCACAAUCAGAUGUAACUUGAGGCGUGAGAUUACCAGGGCAAUUGCAGAUUGAUCACAUGAUCUAACUGCUUGUACAGGUCUGGUUUGUCCCUCCGUAUGUAAGCUGCUUCCAAAUAACGCAAGGUUCGAGUUGUAUGCGCUCGGACAAGUACUCGAAAAGAUGCUUUAGGGUCCAAAACCUGACCGCUAUUUAGUAGGUUUUCGUUAUAGACGAGCAGGGGGUUUUGUUUUCUUGUUUGAAAAGCCAAUUAGGAAAAUGCUCAGCGGUCCUGGCUGCCAAUCGCGUUUGCGUUCGCCCAAUGUACUUGCAUCCGCAAGUGCAUGUGAAUUGAUACACACAAUUUGGGACGGCGUGCAUUGGCAAGGCAUCCUCUGUCCGGUUAAGUGAAAGGAUUUUUGUGGAAUUGAUGAAGGUAAGCUCUGCUGCGUUGUACAUUCUUUCCAUAGUGCAACGCAAGCGCCGCUAGAUUGUGUUUGAGACGUUGUCACCCUCAAAAGGUAGACAUAUUAUAACGGGCUUCUUCGGAAGGGACUGUUCCGUCAACUUAGACCGUAAAUGGUUCCUGUACUGCUGAAUGGAGCGUGCAGGAUAACCACGAUUAAGUUUAAGUCAGAUCAAUUUGGGAGCAUGGAGCAAGUUUAAGUCAGAUCAAUUUGGGGAGCAUGGAGCAAUGCCAAGGUAAUUGCCGCCAGAAGACUGUCAUUUGAGCGUGUCCUGGCAGGUUAUAACGCCUAAAAUUCUAGCAGACUGAUAGACAAAACGCCCAUCAAUUAAGCACUCCUAAUUGUGCAAUGGUCCGAAAACCUGAUAAGUACGUGCCCAUUAGAAGUGAAACAUAUUACGACUACCCCUUUUCUCUUUUUUACACCAGUUAUAAUCAAUGCAGGAGAUGUGUCUUUUAGCCAUCGUAUCUGCACGUUAGUCAGCCGGUAACUUUCUGUCGCCCCAGUUCGCAUUUUUAUACGCUUGAUACGUAAACUAUCAUAUAAAUUCUGAAUUAUUUGCCCAAUUCACUCCAAUUUUGGGUCAGCUUUUACUAGGUUGACAUUUUAGUGACGCUAUCAUGAACUACUUGAUAACAAACACGGUUGAAAGAGUUCCCUCUUUACUGAUGAGGCUGGUAUCAACGGACGAAGAUACUGAACCGCAGAAUGUCCCUCAGUUACCGGAUAUUACAUGGCUGGACUGGAGCACUGUUGCCACCUCUGAUCACAGGGGCUGGUAUAGAUAUAGAUUGACGGUUAGCAAAGGAAAUAACAAACACAAUCCCGGCGGAAAGUGUCGGCCCAUAUUAAAGGCUAGAGCAAAAGAUAGUUUGCCCCAUCGUGAGAAGUGUCUAAUCAAAUGUGUGCGCAAGCUACUAAUCAGAUUUUACUAAAUCGAAAUUCAGGCGGAAGGAUCAAGCUGUGUCACGGACCUACAUCGGGAAUGAGUAGAAUGCUGAGUGAUACUUCCUUAUCAUUCAAUACUUCUCCUUUCCCCUUCGAAGUCAUGCUUAAACCCCACGACUCCGGCAGCAAUUCAUUUGUCUAAUUAUCUACCUUGUUCCCACAGUCGUCUGCGCCCCUUGUAAUUAUAUUGCUAGGACUUACUCUCUUCCUAUCCGAUCAUCUUCCACCUCUGUAUUUCUUUCGUUAUCUCGGCCAUUAUUAUAUUGUCGUCCUAUUCAAAACGUAUCUUUCUAGUAUUUGCUGUGAGACUUAUGCGUGUCGAUCAUUGGGAUACCCGUUACUCAUGAGUAACAGGGACUGCAGUCCCCGUAGGUCGUCAUAAGUUACGACCGUAGGGCAUUACGAAUGAGAUACCAUAGAAUUGUUUUGUAGCCAACCGUUUGUGCAUCUUAACAGAGCAGUAAAAUCCGACGAUCUCCCGUCUUCGCUGUUUUCUUCGUUGUCAUUGUCAAUAGAAUGCUUCACUUAUGCAUACACUUGGAACUCGAAAUUUCGCCUUAAUUCGUGAAACAUCAAGAUUUUCUUCGUAAUGGUGUGCUGGCUCCGUGAUUAAAACCCACGCACGAUCAUUCGCCUACUUUCUCGAGAUGGUUUAACGUUCAUCAGUUGUAGAUGCCGAUGAACCAAGGUCAGACGAUGUCUGAUUUUAGGCCGGCCUUCUUUCGAAGCAUGCAUCUUUUCGGCUCGUAACUGCUUUCCCGCAUUUUCUGUUACUGCUAAUUCCGUUUUACUAUUUGCAAUUGUUACCCCAAGAAUAGGUGCGAUGAAUGCACAAUAUUAAGCGGCAACAGGGAAUGAGUAGGACUCACACGAUGUUUAUGAAAUGCGAACCUGACAGUCCCGACACGGGCGUGCGCCAUAUCGGUACGUUUGCGUGGCCACCGAUUAAGUCUUUCGUUGUCUGAAGACUGAAGUUGAAUAGCAAGAAGUCAAUAUUGACGGGUCGCAACGAUUUCCAUACAGUUGCACAAAGACCAGGAUGUCACUUGAAGAGAGCUUAUUUCGUUUAAAUAACUUUUUGGACGCUAUCGUCCAGUAGGCUAGCGCAGAAGUGUACAACCAGAAGGACGUUUUUGAACUUGGCAGGUUGGCUGGGAAAAAGCAGCGAUUAUUGCUAGACAGAGGCAACCCAAAUAAACAUUCGCAAUCUCACCACAGAACUGCAGACGAACGGAGAAUUGCCUGUUGGCGUCCACUGGUGGCUUUGGCUUCGCAAAGAAGUGACAGUGGACAGUAAGAAGUGACUUGACAUCGCUGUUUGGCUUCAAGGCAAACAAAGAAGCCUUGGCUAGCCCUUCCGUGGAUAAGUGAUGAUAGAUUUAACGUGUGCGGUCCUUGGUUGCGACGGAGGCUAGCCAGACACUGACUUGGAAGUUGACUCCCAUUUUUAAAUAGAAGGAACGUAUCAGAUUACAACCCACUCAUCUUCAGAACUAACAUAAGGACUUGACAAAGCUCCAUUACGUCUGCCCUGAUCUUGGGACGUCGAACAACCACUGCUCCCAGUUUUGUGUUUAGUAAGCAAUGACUAACGCACCAUACUAAUUGAGAUCUCAAUACUAGAGAGCUUCACUGGAAUGGUGUGUUGGCCUUUGCUUGUCCAUCACGAAACUGGCGACGGCGCCCGUCCAACAUGUCUCACAACUAUGCGUCAAUGGAUCUUUCGAAAUUGCACGCAAUUUGAGAUGCAAUGGAGCUUCGUCAAGUCCUUAUGUCAGUCCUGUGGAUAAGGAAAUUGUUAGCUAAUACGCUCCCUUCGUCAAAUGUGCGAAACAACUUCGAUGUUUGGUUUUUCCCAAAUUAAUGCUCACUUGACCUCCGUCGCGACCGAGGACCAUAUGCGCUAUAUCUGCCGCCAGUUUUCUGUGGGUAUGUUGGCCAAGGCCUCCUUUUUGGCAUGAAACAUAGUAGCGAUACCGAGUCUCUCUUAACCUUCCUCCGUCCCAUCUUUAUGAAAACUGAGCCAAUGGUUGCCAACUGUCGGCUAUUCUCAUCUCUUCUGCGGCUAUUGGUGAGAGGGCUAAAAUUAUUUAGGCUCACUCCGUCCAUUAUCCCUGACGGCCUUUCUCGACCAUUCUACAAGUACUACAGACGCUGUUCUCGUUAACCAUUUCCCCGCUGGUGUGCUUAACGACUGCAUCCGCUUGAUGCUGCUUAGACUUCACUUUCCCCUGAUGAAUUCCUAGUCUUUUUACGGGAGUAUAACCAUUAUUACAGGCCGUUGUUCUCCACGUUCUGACUCUCGACCUCAGCCCUCCAGCAGCGGAAGUUCCGUUUGGUGACCAUGCAAAACAUACCGGAAAUUCAUGCACCAGCUCCCAAGGGCGCCAGAAUCACUUAUCCAAAAUUUCGACUGCCCUAUUCAAUCCCCGCUGUCGCUUAAUGUUCUGCAUCUCCCGAAUCCCUUCUUGGGGUUGCGGUCGCAAAUAAGAGGAUAGCAUUUUUUGUCAACGCUGGGGCAGCAUGUUAUCUGCUAAAUCCCGAGGGUUUAUGGCCGUGUCUGGCUUCGGUAAACCAAACUUAUGCGAAAGCGUCUUCACAUCGUCGCAGAGAGUGACCACAUCUCUCGUCUUCAUCAUUAAUUAACAUGUUGCUUCGUCAAAGCUUAUCCGAAUUUCACUGCCCCUUUUGUGUUUACCCCGAUAUUCAAUAGCAACGUAGUCUGGGAGCCGAUUUUCUUUACGCUCACCAGUUAUCUGUCAGUUUGGCCAACCUGCGUCUCACGUCUACGAUGACCACAGUUCCCUUGCAUUUCCGCCAUUUCCCUGAACAACCAUCAACUGCUGACUCAGGCUUUCCCGAGCCCUUUAAAUUGGUACCUGUAGUCUCCGGUUCCGCGGACUUCUUCUGUGAGCAGAUAGCAGCUGUUCGUAACCGUAUCCGUCAGAAGGCGGCUGCUUGUGCAUUGAAUGGUAAACCGUUAGACUUGACGACUGUAUUGCAGCAUAGUAUUGAUACCGGUUGAUGUCAUCCAUUCUUUCAAGCCCCUGCCCGUUAUUCGUUGAUUUUCAAAAUCAGUUGGAGUGUACCACCAAGGGUAUAGUGAAUGAACACGCCAUUGGUCUUUUCUUCUCGCCCUGGGCGUCUCCGAUUGUCCUCGUCGAAAAGAAUAAGUCCAUAUGAUUAUCCCUUAGCUUCUGAAAGAUAAAUUCGAUAAUUAUCAGAUAUCCUCUUUUCACCUCCACGUCGUUGUCAGUUGUUGCCUGUUUCUCGACCGUUGACCUCCAGUCUAGCUACUGGCAAGUGGAAGUGCCCACUGAGGACAGACCUGAGACGGCGUGUUCCAUACCAUUCGGGCUGUACGGGUUCAAAACCAUGCAGUUCGGGUUGUCCAAUGCUUCGGCGAUCUUUCAACACUCAAUGCCUUCGGUUUUAUGAGACUUGUGUCCCAUCACGUGUGUGGCUUACCUCGACGAUGUGAUCGCACACGGGCCUACACUAGACUCACGCCUUUCAAAUCUACAAGCUGUUUUACUCGCCUCCAGGCUCCGAAACUAAAAGACAUCUGUCCCCAUCCUAAAUCGCCCUAUCUUUGUUCAUGACGUUCAAAAAGACCUCGCUAAGGCUGACCAGAUCACACGCUGAUCACAUGCUAACCCUCAUUCCGUUCCGAGCUUCACAAUUUAAUAGGUCUGGCCUCCUACCAUCGCCAUUCCAUUAAGGGUCUUCUAUACAUUGCAUCCACUCUAAAUCCUUUAUUUGGCAAACAGGUCAUCUCAUUUGUCCGACGAGUGUGACAGAGCUUUUAAAGGACUCAAACAACAACUGAAUUCCCUUCUUUUGCCGCCGUUCCGAGAUAUUUCUGGUCCGACCCCCAUUUUAUUUUAGACACUGACGCCCCGGCUGUUGUUAUUGGGACAGUUUUAUCUUAACAGCAACCCAAUGGACUGGAGCAUCCGCACGCUGUUGCCAGUUAGAUGCUAAGACCGAGUAUAACUACACAGCCAAGUGUAAGGAGCUCUCAGCUAUCCUCAGUCCGUCAAUAAAUUUUAUCCCCUUCCCUCCCACCUCUGCCACUACGACUAUAUCAGUUAGCCAAGAAAGGACAACCGAAAAAUAACUAUGUUCAGGAAAUUCAGUGGCACCCACAAUGAGAACGGUAAGGAGACCGCUUCUGCACCUCACUCGGAUUUUCCAUGCGGACGAUCAAAUGCCUACACCCGCUUUCAUCUUCAGGAGGGUUUUCGGAAUGGAAAUUUUGAGGCAUCUACUGUGCCCAAACACAGGAUGGGGUCUUUCCACCCACUCCUUAUAAAACUGCAUGCCCUUUUGGGGAUUGCGGCUAUGUAGUUCAUUUAACCCCAGAAUUAGAAUAGCCGUAAACUCGAAUGGCUGAAGGCGGAUUCCAGUUAGCCAUUAAACUGAUCUCUGUGACUGGCUGUGGGCUACCAGGCAGCCAGUUGUCCAGGUUUCCGGCGCGAAUUAGGGAGAGAUAUAUCCAUGAUCGUCUGUGCUACUUUCAGGACGGACACAAAAUUAUAAGCCCCAGUGAGCAUAGCUUCCAUAGAAGACUAUCAUGCUUCAUGAACCUCCUCAUUGCAGCGAAAUGCGUGAGCGGGCAGUGAAGUAGUAAGGAAGGGCCUGACGCAAUAUUCCUUAACCCUAAAAAGUCCUCUCACAAACUUAGCUGCUAAUCGCACAUCUAGAAGCUCAAUGGAUAUGGUUUAACCGGAAACGCCAUCAACUAGAUCAAAGGUUUUCCAGGCAGUGCAUGUGACUGGGAGGCUGUGUCAUCCGACCGGCCAGUAGACGGUAGUGCUCUCUGUUAUGGUCAUUGUUCUCUCUGAUCUCCAGCAAUGAUCUAUCCGUGAUAGUUUCCAGCGGCCGUCUGAUGUUUACGGACAUCAUAAUUGUAGGCCAAGCACACCAUCGUGCUUCCGUGCAAUAAGAUCUUGUUCAAGUUCGCCGAUAGAUAGACCAAUGAGGUCUCGUUGUGGGGGCACAAACGUGUCUACGCACGACGUCAGGUGACGAAGCCAGUACAAGAACUGAAUCAGUUGUGGACAUGGGAUUUAUUACUUCGAUCAGCCCAAGACUGUCGAAGCAAUGUUUAUUAGCCGAUUCCAAGGCCUAAAAGUGCCAUUUUCUCGUUCACAGGCGAUUCCAACACUGAACAUCGAGCAGAACCUUCGGAUAGUAGCAUCUACGUUUGUCCGGCCACACCUCCAAUACUAUUAAUCUGUGUUUUUCCAUGUUUUGUGCGAGACGUGGAGCCCUAACAAAGAUUCAAAACUAGUCCACCAAGCUUGUUCACCCAGUUAGUAAUCUAUGCCCAAGGCAAAGACUACUGGUGAGAACUUCGCCUGCUACAGCAGAAGAGGUAAAGCGCUGGAAGCGUACGGGAUAAACAAUAUGGCCUACGAUCUGGUCUUCCAGCGUACUCAUGAACGAAAUAUUAGAGGACAUUCCGAAAUACUGUUUUUAGCCGUGAGUAUGUACGCACGCUCGAGAAAGGACCUUUUUGUAAUAUAUCAUCGGUUUCCAGAGUGUACUACUAAAAAGGUUGCUCUACCUUCUACAUACAGUCUACGCAUGAAACUCCCUGAGUGCACGUUCUACUAAGCACAGCCCACCGAAGUGUGGACUUUCUAAAAAGUCAUGGACUGCGGCCAUUACGGGUUUCUAUUGAAGGGGUGGUCACUGUCGUGGCAGUGCUUCAUGUUAUCUCCCGGUCUUGUACAUUGUAAUGUAUGCCUAAUGUCAUUUGGGCAAAUUUUACCGUCUGCUUUUCGCUGUAGCAUGUCCACCUUUUUCUGGCUUUCUGUCCCUUCGUAUGCAGUUUUUGCUUUCUUCCUUACGUAGACCUUUUGCGUUUGCCUUGAGACGCCUACAUGUUUAUCAUCAGCUUUCAGCGUAUAAUACCUGUACAAGUCCUUUUUGUCUCUGCCCAGGUUGCCCUUCAACACCUAUCUGUCCAAAAAUGGCAGAUGCAGAACGCCAAAAACUUUUGCUGGACUUGGAGGAAAUAGAGGCUGCUGCCGAAAAGGUUUUAGCUGAUCAGGAACGCUGCAAAUUGUAUGAUAUUAAUCUGCGCAAAACACAGGAAGCACUUAACAGACUGAAGGAUCCAGAAACGCCUGCUGAAGUGUGGACCUGUUUAGCUCGCCAAUUUUUCUGUGUGCCACGAUCUUCCCUGCAAAGUGCCCUGCAGUCGGAUAUCUCUACCUACAAAACAGAAGUUAAUACUCUACGAGACCGAAUAAAAGAAGAGUUGAAUUUCUUACGAGAACUGGAAGGAAAAAAUCCACUUAAAGGCUUUAAUUUGGAGCCACUUUCAAGAGACGAACUGUCUUCACUCAGAGGCGUUGAUUUUUGACUAUACUAACUGCAUUUAGAGGAACAUCCCAAUUCGUUUCUUUUUUAUUAGAGAGUUGUCGCAAUUAUACCUUUUAUUUUGCAAAUUUUUUGGGGAUUACAAUUGAACAUUCGCAAAUGUGUUCCUUCUGAAUCUUAUUUUUUUUCACUAUGCCGCUUCGCAUUAAUUGAAAGUAGGGCUGCUUUACCUGCAAACUGCUCGCACUUGCUUAAGCUGCAGCUUGGCUUUUCGCUUUCUAUGAUCUGUUGGCUAGGUCUUAGCAACACUUUGUAAGACAGUUAGGAACCUCGGUCUUUCGAUCUCUUAUCCAAAUUUGGAGCUGAGUUUUCUUGUUUGCCUGAUGACCGUGCUGGUUCUCUCAUUCGAUAUCGUUGGUACUGUCUAACGCUACUUCUUACGGACAUUGAGCAUAGAGGACAAAUGCUGCUGCAAAUGUAUACGUAAUGUGCCUCCACCGUCAGAACACAGUGCGUUUCUUCGGAUUUGACUGCGACAGUCAACAGUCACCAAUCUGGCCUGUUUAUAGGGCACUGCGACGCUCUGACCACAUUUCAUCUCAUGGAGUGCUGUUGUAUCUCACGUUUUCGUUCCGAUACGCAAAUUGUAGUAUGAAUAAAUCCCAAUUUUAGGGUACUCCAUCGUGAGUUUUUCAUUACUCGCCUGAUUGUGACCAUUUGAUUACGAAAGGCAAUUUCGCUUUUAUUAUUUCCAGCAAACUCCAAACUAGUACUUACAAGGAGAAAGACCGGCACUAAAGGUACCAUUGCUGUAGUCCCAUUCCAUCCCUCGCUGUUGACGUUGCAGACUAGGAAACGCAGGAGACACUCCCGACUGCGAAUCACUGUCUACGUGAAACAACGCGUGCUCCACGGGUCAUUUCAGACAACCGAUCUAAGGGAGUCGCAUACCAGAUAAGACAGUUGCUUUCCAUUUAUUUGGGCUGUAGAAUAACAGAAACCUCGCGCCGCUCGCCUCUCCUAGGCGAGGCCAAAUCCGUCUCCCCUGAACCGCCAUCUCGUUUCUACCAACAACGGAGGCAGGCCACGUCAAUACAGGAGUUUCGCAAAGAGGCAUUCAGUAGAACGGAAAUAAGUUCAUAUUAAGAACGCAAAGCGUGAAACAGUUGCUUUGACGGCUUUGAAAGCAUUUUUUAAAAUAUAGACAUUCGGAAACAGCCUGCACAGUUAGUUGCGUUCACGGUGUGUGGUCGGUUUGUGUACUUUAAGCUGAAUCAUGUGGUAACUUGUCGCCCGCUUGAGCGAAUUAUUUUUGUGUUGUCUUCCCCGAUAGUAACUAUCGAAAACGGUGUUUUCCAACUGCCUGCGACAGGUGACCGAUGCACGUGUGAUCUUCCCAGUUUAAUUGGUUCACUAUAAGGAUCUAUUUUGUCAUCAAGUUUACGCGUGGGGUCAAUAUCUGUCGGACGAUAACUGAACUAGAUAAAUCCCAUUUGAUUCUGUCCUACAUCAGCUAACGCUUUUGCCGAAAAAUACCAACGUCUUUUCCGAGCUGUCGUUGCGAUUCAGCGAUGCACUGCUCUGGCCAAAAUACCCAAUCAGACGAUUGGUGUAGUCACACCGGCAUACCAACACCAUUGUACUUGGCUCUUCUGAGCCACGCGUGUCCGUAAUCUUUAAUGCCAACUGGAAGUCCGUAGAGUGCCUUCCUUACCAUUCAGACUGUUUCUCAGAGAUUACCAGAGCCUAAUUACGACAGGCUUUUGUUACAUUUUAUAUCAUGCAACCGGCUGUACUGAAGGCUUCAGGAGUGUCAAUUUCCGGAGCAUGGUCGAAUGAACCUUGUUUGGAAUCCAGUUGACGAACAGGGCGGGUCGUACAAAAGAUAAGACUGGAUGACGUAAACCGUUUUCGGCUGUGCUACCGCAGUACCCCAAGCUAAGUCAACAUUGCAUCCCUAACCGAGCAUAUCCUUCUCCGUCUCCUAUGCGCAAGACUAGCAUCUAAUUGUCCAAAUACGACUCCAUGCCCGUGGCAGACUCAAUAUCCACGAUGGGUCAUAAACUUUUGCUUUCCCACACGAAGUCUGCACUCGUGUUACAGAUGCAGGAAACUGACAAUAAGCCGCCACAGUAGGAGUUGGCUUAGUGGACUAAUUGGCUUACUAGUAAGCUGUUAAGCAACGUUCGAACUAUUUAUACAGUCUUUAUAGGCUGAUCAGAUACUUCUUUGAAUGAAGCAAAAGUAAUAGCACGGGCAAAUGAAUCCACAAUUCGUCGACCCCUCUGCCGAGAAAGUAAGAAAAUAUGGGGAAAUAAAUUGCCUCGUUGAUGUAACCCACGAGGAUGCCUCUGCUUCUACGCCGAUUCUGUACGGAUAAUGUCAAGACCAUCAGUCUGGUGUUCACUCUUGUACUCCCUUUUGCCAAAGUGCACUCACUGAGACAGAUGAGCCAUGUAUCGGCGAGUUCACGCAUCCCUUUUGUUUAUCCGCCGCAAAGUAUGUUGUUCCUACCGAUUACCGAGAGUACAAUUAAGCGUCCGCCCUAAACCUCAAUACAUUUGUACCACACGUGUAUCAUAUUCUCAAGGAAACACGAUCUGCCAACGGUUGCCUCAGUAAGAAAUUUAGCCAAGGAUUUAAAGGAAACUAGCUUCUAGCUAAUGUCUCCUAAGUGUCAUGGUGUCCCUACAAAGUAGGGUGUUCUUAAACCACCGUCCAUUGGUCGACUAGUGAGGAGUAGAUUUUGUUUGUGGAAUCCAGACAUAGUAAUGCCUACACAUACCGGAUUUUUUACUGGAUUUCCCCGCUUGGCUUUCGCCUACUAGUCCUGCAUUAGACCGAAAGGUGGCCUAGGAUUGCCGCAACUGGGUCGGCUUUGGUAAGUCUGCCUUAUCACACUGAGUAGAAUUCGACCCCAAUUUCUCCGGUAGCUCGUACAAACGUAGCAAACCUACGUCACCUGAGGUAGGGCUCGUAGGGCAGUGAUGGUUUAUGAGCAAAUUCCGUCGCUCAAGUUCAUUUACCUGUCUUAACGUUAAUCAUAUUUUUACUUUUGCCAGUUACCCUAGACGACAUAAUCUUACUUCGUGUAUCAUUUUGCACAUAAAGGUGUUUACUGCUAAUUGGCCGUAGUAUUUGCCUAACGUUACAGUUUUUUACUAUAACAUUGGUCAAAGAAAGCAGUUUCUCCACGCACGUCCUGUAAAUAUCAAUUUUUGCACAAUGGUAGGUGCGUCACCGUCCGCUUAGUGGGUCUGCUUUACUGAUUAAAACUGUCAAUCCACAAAGGAGACACCUUCUUUAGAUGCCAUUGGCAAGACGGUUUCCAAACGCCAACGUGUUUACUCCUCCAAAGGCAUUUGUUUACUUCGUAGGGCAGGCCUCGCUCACAUUCAUAGAACAUGCUUGUUCGACCGGAUUGAUGUUUUCACAAUCACCCGAAUAGGUACUCCACGACAAGUCGCUGUUUUCACGGAAGUCACAGUUGCCGACGCAAGCUAGGAGGUGAUUUUCAUGAAGUUGCUGAGACGCAGGGGACUCGAUCGUUGAGACAGGAAUUUAUUCGUCCGAUGUUUCGGAGCCAUACCCUAGCCCAUCAUUAGGUAAAGCAGCAGAAAAAGAUAGCGUAUGCACUAGGGCUGCUGCGUUUUUGGAAUGUACCCGCCAGCCUACGGGCUUGCAAACCAGUUUUUUCGACUUCUCCUAUUCCUGAAGUUAGCCUCUUACCGAUGGAGGUCAUGCCAUCCUUUGCCGUCACGUCUAUUGUUAUAUUCACCAGGAUCUGACGAUCCAAACUGUCGAGUAGCUCAGAGAGCACAAACUAUGAGAGAGAAAAUAGCCUCGGACCAACCUAAAUCCUACAACUCCUGAGGUUCCGUGUCUAAACGAGAUUAAGGCUCAAUGGAACAAAUCGACCAGUAAGGCGCAUCAGCAAGUUUAGCGGUGGCUGAACUAACGAUCGAACCGGUUUUACAACGGUUGGAGUCAGCAGUCUUCGGGCAUCGUGGACAGAGAUGCUGGUAGACUGAAUUUCCAAGUAUUUAUUACGUUAAUCCCCAGGAUCAUCGAUAAACUGGCGGCGAUCAACGGUUCGGAUGAGGGCCAUCAAGCCAUUAUCCCAUCAAGUACGGUCAUCUACGACGAACGCGGGUACGUAUGUGAUAGCAUGGCAGCUUCAUCUUACAAAUGCUGAACUCGCUUGCGUUCGAUGUCUUACUCUUGCUGCCUCUGAUGAUGGGUCUGAGUGUGAAUUUGAAACACCAGGCGAACGAAUUCUUGUCCCAACCACCGUUGUUCAGGCUCCGCCCAAUCGGGAUCCUGUCAUUUGCACUUCGAUUAAGUGAGGGUUCCCGUUUUAUUUGCCAUGUUUGCAGGCGAAUUGUUGGGACGCUUUCAGUCUAUGCUCGGGCAGGCAGUUGGGGGUUGAUUAAACCCAAGGCGUUUGUAAAGUAGAUGGUUUUGCUUACCGAAGGCCUGUGAGUUAAGAGCACUUUCUACUAUUCCAUACCCUAUUAAUUAGGACAAUUUCAGCCUUUAUUGAUUUGCCACUUUCCGAUGGUUGCUUUCUGCUCCCUUUUUCACAGGCUAUUUGCCACAAUGACUGGAAAUAUCGGUUUCUCUGACGUGUGCAUUGUCAGCGGUUUUUUGGGAUCAACCCUGUAUUGCAGCACUGUUAUGAGUUCUUUACCUUAUGCCGUCCUCGCUUAGCCCUCACAGGGGUCGGUAACCGUUUAUCCAAGUUUUUUUGUGCACAUUUAGGAUCCAACAGCAUCUGGCGCCUUUGUUUUCCCACCAGCCGAUCGCUCCCACCGACGGUACAACCCCCUGACACAAGAGUGGGUAGUCGUGUCUCCUAAUCGGCUUCAGCGACCAUGGAGUGGAGCGGUCGAGAAGGUAUCGGGCGAUCAAAGUAACAAGUCUGCAAAUCCAGGCGAUCAGUGCAAGCCAAAUCCUCUGGCGCCCGGAGCGACAAGACCCGGCGGCGUAGUUAACCCGAACUACACGGCAACUUACACGUUCAAAAACGAUUUUCCGGCUCUGGUGAGUCAUCACGCCUCGUUUUAUUUGUUUCAGCGAAUAGACCUGUUUGUAUGCGUACCACUUUCAGCAUUUCAUUUGCAGUCGGUGGGGAGUGUGUCUCUAAGUUAUCUCAUGAUCUUCCACCACUUCAACAAAGUGACCUUCUGUCCUGACAUCUCUCGUUUGCGAAACUGCCUACAUACUUUCCGAAAAUAUGUUAGCCCAUAUGUCAAGGAAUCGAUCGCCAGCAACUUAGUCUGAGUCUGGCGGAUCCCAUCUUUUGCAUGCUCUUGUCGUAACGCAAAGGGUCUUGCGAGGUUGUGGAGUUUACCUAGGUUGCUCGCUCUCACUCGUCUUUCUCAACUUCGCCAUUAAUUGGACAUUCUGCCGACUUGCACGAUUUUGAUGGAACUGCGGUCGGCCAACGUGAAAAUGUUACUGAUGUUAGCAUGACGGUGCUGUUAUCGGUAGAAUGGUGGUUUUAUCAGAAAAAAGGGUGUGAUUACUGGUACAAGAAGAUUGUUCGCCUGAAGUUUCUGAUUCUCACUCUAACCCCCCUAUCAGAGACAGCUGCAGACAAGGGUGCUAGAGGCACAAGUAAUCAUUUGUAAUUUCUAGUUAUUACAGCAUUUUAUAACCACCAGCAGGCAUAUUCACAGGGUUAUGGUUAGAUAGAAGACUUUGUUGUAGAGAAAAUGAAUGGAAUAGCACUCGAGGUUUUUAGGAAGAGUUGAAAAGUUAACAUGCCCCGAAAUAUCUAUGCAUUGGUGACCCUUUUAACCACUGGAAUACCCCUUUUUUGAAGUACAUAUUUCGAAGAUGUAAUUUUCGCUAGAUUAGCAUGAUAGUUUGAAUUUGCCUUUGUACUUUUUGGAAAAUAUGAGUGAAUUGGUAGUUAUCGAAGGUAUAUGAGAAGAUGCCCACGAAUAAAGUAGUGAUUUUCUCCGCGUGUUUUUUGUAGUAUUCUCAGAAAGGAAGCCAGCGCGCUUCUAUCGAUUUGUCGGCAUUUAUUUCGUGAUUAGCCAAAAGCGUCUCCCAACGUGCCUAUUAUUUUUUAGAGAAAAUGGCUACUUUUAGAGAUAAGUAGGGUUUACUGAGUAUUUUAUUUGCUCAUUUCAGUCACCAAGGCUAGGCGAUAAAGUCGACGAUGAGACAGUAGAAGCCGACGUCGCCCGAAGUGCGCAUCCACUGUUCGCAUGGGCACCAGCCACAGGGGAGUGCCAAGUUAUGUGUUUCCACCCAAAGCCCGAUCUAACACUUGCUCUCAUGGAAGAAGAGGACAUUGCCAAGGUCAUCGUAGAGUGGCAACGCAUCACUCAGGACUGCGUGAAACGCGGAUUCCAGUGGGUUCAGAUUUUCGAGAAUCGCGGCGAGAUCAUGGGCUGCUCGAACCCUCACCCUCACUGUCAGGUGCGUCAUCUGCUUUUUUAAGUUUUUCAUCACAAUAUGUUAUCAAACGCCUUUUCUGCACUUUUUAAUGACUUUUGGGAACGCGGUAGCUCAGGUGUAAUGCGGAACCUACAGUUAUUUUCAACAAUGUAAAGGAUGCGAUAAAGCCCCUAUCCUUCCUCUAGAGUACUCAAGGGAUUUUAAGUCUCUUGUUGAUUCGGCGUUCAUGGCACGUCCAUGUCGCCGUCCAUUUGCGCUAAGAAAAGUCGGAAUGUCGUCAUCGUAAAAGUCAAGCCUUGUUGACGCACUUUUGGGCCAAUUUAUACUUCACAGAACCUAGAUCGCGAACGUAUUAACCUGUAGAUUUGAUGUGCCACGUCGUGCUGCUGAAUCCUUUUACUUCCUUGAUGGCCCGCAUUAACUUUGGCCGCGGAUUUUUUUCCCCGUAUGCGUGGAUGGGUUUUGACGCGAGCUGUAGCCAUUAGUGUUUUUUUAUUUAUAAAAUGGUGACCCUGAUGUAAGGAAGUAUUUAUGCCAGUUCGAGUGCGUCUUUAUGCAAAAUACUCGGUUUAUUCGCGUUACUCUGCAACUGACAGAAAAGACAGGCAAAUUGAUUUAAAUAAGUUCGUGCUUAGUUUUAGCCUUUGCUGCUGUGACUAACAGGAGGGCAAACCUUGUGCUCUAAAAAUCUGGGUCUGAAACUUUCUGCCGCUUUACUUCGUGAACUAGUUACAUUUUUCAAAUAUAUGCACGAAGCGCAUGCUUAGUGUACUUCUUUCAAUUACUUUGCUACUUUCAUGCAAUACACAUUUGAACAAGGUACGGGCGACGAAACAUGCAGACACGGUGCAGUGCACAUUGUCGUCUGAUGCCUUUCCUAAGAGGAGUGAUCUGCUAACACACUCCUCCAAAAUGUCCCUAGAUUAUCCAGAGGUAUAGUAGAAACUCUCUGGGACGUUCUACGAAGUUUUUUGGGGGCCGACUGAGGUAAUUCAACUAUCCUUUCUGGACGUUCUUGUGCUUAGACAGAAAGAUGGUUGUAUAAGACGUUCCGUUUUCCAAAACAAUACUUGGAAGGAACAUUGCUUACAUUUUUUGAGUUUUUUACCCAUACAAUGGAAACGUAACUUGGUAUACGCUCUUUUCCAAAGGGCUAGGAACAUUUGCUCUAAUGACACUCUAGAUGCAGAAUCUGCACGCCUCAAGGAAGCUCUGCUUAAGCGAGGAUAUCCUGCACGUUUCAUCCACAAGUACAGCAACUCUGCACGGCUAAAAUUGACAGUGCAUUCAGUUCCGAAAAAGCUCGUCUUUAUGUCUUUGCCCUUUAAGGACCACAAUAUUUUAAAUACUAUCAAACGACGGCUGCGUUCCACCAUUGAAAGGACAUACAAUGCAGCCGAACUCGUAUUAUGCAGUCCUACUAAGCUUCUUCCGAUUCCACAGGCAAAGGAUGCCUUGCCAAUGCACGCCACUUCAAAUUAUGUUUAUUAAUUCACAUGCACUUGCGGAUGCAAGUACAUUGGGCGAACACAAAGGCAGUUGGCAGCCAGGUCUAUUGAGCACCUGACCAGAUGGCUCCUAAAGCAAGAAAAUAAAACCCACGUUCCUCCAUUAAGAAACACUUGGUUUAUAGUGGUUACUCCGUCGACCCAAAAACUUCCUUCCGAGUAAUUGUUCGGGCACGAGCAACUCGGACAUUGCGUUACCUAGAGACGGCCUAUAUACAAAGGGUGAAACCAGAUCUUUGUAAACAGUUCGAACACGUGGUUAGCCUAAAAUUGCCAUGGUAGCCUCUAGUUCCAUGCUUUUCCCUUCCCCUCUCAUUUUUUGCUCGUUAACGCUCCCUUUUUUCGCUAUUCUUUCUAUACGGCGUUUGAGUUAUUAACUUUAUCGAUUAGCCAGCUUUACCCAAAACUAUGACCUUGCUGUUUCUGCAUUGGUUUUUUGCACUAAUUCAAAUCUGUUGUAUUCUUCCCACUCGUUAUCUAUGUUAUGAAGCGACAGGACGCAGCUGACGAGCCGUCGCGAAAUUUUUUGGUACCAUUGAAUCCUGCCCUGUUUGCCUACUUCAGCUCAUUGGUUAGUCCUCAGAGAUCACUAAACGUGGAUUAGGUUAGGAAAUGCUGGGGACAGCGCAAGACACAUGCCAAUCUUUCUUGGCCGCAUGGUAUGGGGACCACUGAAGCCUUUCCGUUCAUUUAUACCAUUCGACAUUGUGACAACUACUAACCAUAACCCCAACCGAAUAGCACGCUUUUGCACCCACCUAGUUGGUUGCGACGAGGAGCGUUCAAGAGUUACGAAAGCGAACUGCCCAACUCUAUCCGAGCACUUUUUUACUCAGUGCUAAAUCGAUUGAACCAUACCAAUUUACGGACCUUGAGCUUCAGGGACAGAAUGUUUUACUGCUUUUUACGGCCUAUCUUUCGUGAAGUCUUCUGUGAUUUAAUGCGCUAAACGAUUCCUAAAACUCAUCAUAGCAAUUCGACCAUUCUUUGCGCGAGAUAAAGGCUAUUCCUAGCUCGCACGUGUCGCCUUCCUCACGUGUGUCUUUUCUGAAAAAAGGGUUAAGCAGUCUUUUGAAUCACGUGGAACUUCUGCCCUUCUGGAAGACACUUUUCUGUUUGUGGGACGCCUUUAGGAAAUAAUAGGAGGCAUUAAUCUAUCGGACGCUUUUUUUGGAGAUAAUAAGACGCAUUAAUCUAUCGGAGGCUAUCUGAACACUGGAACUGACAAUUUGUCCAUCUGAGCCUCCUGUCUCGCACACGUAUCCAUCGUCCAACAUAGAAAUCAGUAAUACGAGUUGCGACAUAUACGGGAUAAUGCAGCCAAUCGACUGCCAGCGUUCUAAGUCUGCUGACGUUAAUGGGACAGUUUACGCAGGUGGCAGAUCGCCAGACUGGUUGUGUUAGUUUACAUCGAAGCUCCAAGCCUCAAUUAGUUAGCGUGUUGUUUCGCACCCUGCGACCGCAACCUUGUUUUCAAUAGAGUCAACGAAAUUGCCCUUCUCAAAAUGGCGGGAGGAUUUUUCCAGCUGGCCAUUAUGUCGUACUGUAUUCCAACCCCUCUCUUAAAAUCAUACAGACCAAACAAGACGAGAGCUGAGGUCGUAAAUACAGAAACACCAUGAAGGACCGUCUGUCGCACCCCUCGCCAUACGUCUGAAUCCGGUUUUGGUACAUUUACAGUCGAGUAAAACCUUCGGUGAAAUCGAAUGCAGUACAUGUAUCCACUAACUCCUCGUAGUAUGCUAUACGAAACGCAUGAUCUUAUGAGUAACACACACACCUAGACAAUUUGACUUUCCUAAGCCUCCGGUGGAAGUUUACGCCACAAAGCGCCUUAGCAAGAGAAGCUUACCUAAUACUAAUUCAUACUGGCCAUGUCAACGUGCUGCAUUCUCGCAGCUGAAAGCCGACCAACUGCUAGUGCUGCAUACACCAAAGCUUGUCAAGUACUCCGAUGACAUCCUUUGACAGUCUGGUAUUCUGUGUCCCUCUUAACGGCCUAGUUGUUGAUCUAAUUUACAAGAAAUUGGCACAUUGCUUUACCCUGCUUGCGGGACGGGAAACUGAUGAUUUCGACAACAAACAAACAUGCCUUGUUUCUUCUCACAAUCGGGACCAAUCGAUAUAGAGAGCUUAAUAUACCAAAUCCCGGUCUACAGGGCAGCGAGUUCGUGGCUCAACGAUAGAGUGUUUUGCUUACUGUUCAAUGACCAGAGCAUCUGUCUUCAAACCUUGCUCCUGCCCGGCCCGCGGCUGCAACCACGGCUUGCUGACAACGCCGAAUAAACCAGAAAGGACUGCUCUUUUCUCUCUGUUGUGCCAGUGUCAUUCUGGACUACUACGAUGCCGUCAGUUGAAAUCGCCAUAUAGGUGUUAGUCUUUUCAUGCAGGCAUGUCUGGCACUGCAGCAUGCCUCAAUUCUACAACAUCUUGCUUUAAAUAAUCUAUCAUAUUUAUGAGCCGCGCACACACCGACGUCGUUUUGUAGAAGGCAAUGCUCCCAACAGACCACUUUCUGCCAAACAGCAUUAUGGCCCCAGAGAAGACCUUUUUAAGGAUAUAUUCCACUGUACAACAGUUGAGAUUCUAGGUAACGUUCGAACAUAUGUUUCCAAUGAGAAACCGGGAGGCAGGCACUCUUGUUAUACGGAAAUGGUGGCAAUAGAGGCUUUAUGAGUGGGGCGAAGGGAACUGACAGAUAGCGGCCAGAUGUGGUUAUGUAGCUCAACCUGAAGUAAACAAACACCAGCCACUUGAAAUACGAGACCGGUGGCAAUAGGGGGUUUUUACAGGUGGUGCCGGGGAACGCACAGGCGACGAGAUCAAGUAAUUGUAUGCAAAAGAAAAGCUAUUAGGAAUGUGCGGAUGCAAUAUGAAUGGUUGAGAAAUAUUGUCCCUACCCCUGACCACAACCCCUACAGUAUUGUGUCCAUCAGGUGGGGCUACAUAACCACAUCCUACCUAGGACUUACAGUUACUAUGUUAGCGUGUUUAAGUACACCAUUUAAAGCGCGAAAACGCGGACUCGAAAUUAAAAUACUGGCAACUAGAAGUUGUAAACGAUCGGAAGAAAUGUAAAUCAAGGGAAUUGACUAGAUAUUUCAGGCGAGUGGAAGACUCCACACACUAGUGCCAUCUAUUGCGUUCCCAUGGGCCAGCUGCUCUUGCGCUUAGGUUAGUCACACAGGAAGACGACUCGGGACUCACACUAAAUAAAAUCAGCUAGCCAUCCGCCGACCUGAACCCUUGUUACUCCUGUUUGCGCACGCCCCUGAAUGCGACCACCGCUUCUGUUGGGACGAAAUUGAAGUGGUUGUCAUGGCUAACACCAAAAGGCGCUCGAGUUCCUCCAGCACCAACCGCCAUGUCAAUCUGGAUGCUCAUUACGAAGGUCUGCGUGCCCGGCUUACCCACGCGCCCACGACCUAACAAAAGCUGAUAAUCCAUGCCGGACCACGUAAAAUCUCACUGUCUCAUCACCCCUCCCCUAGACACGCGAACCACAGCUAAAACUCUUAACACCUUAAACAUCGGCGCACUGACCUCUAUCCCAUGCCGCAUCGACGACUGCCAAUCUAACCGUCUUCGGUCCCAUUGACUCGCCAUUUCCGUGCCCCUCCAACACAGGGAACCGUAACAGUUCUCCCUUCCCUCUCCCGUCCCAAAGACAGUCCAAAUUUAAACAUGCCUAAAAAUCGAUAUUGCUCUGUUACUCCUGCCAGGCAGCCUUUACUGUGGACUGGCAUCAUUUUCUGAUUGGCUAAUGUCUUUACCCCUUUUCCUAGGGGUUGUUGUACACAGCAUUCAAUCCAAUGUGCCGAUUGAUGCAUGAGUUAUCAGAAUGAAAACCCUCUAAUAAUUCGCGGCUCUUAUAUGAGCAGACACCUAUAGUGCGAGCCUUGUUCCAGGCAAAUGUGUGUGCAACUUCCUGCGUAUGCAUGUUAACCUGGGACAAGUGGUCUCGCCUUCUUACUCCCAAUUGAUGUUCGUACAUACGCGUAGAGGCAGAUUUCUCAGUUUGAACACGGUAAACCGCAUUACAGGUGUCGCAUAGUAUCUUCUAGACGACUUCCUUAUCCAAAUAGCCAAGGCGACUCAUUUUCACUGAAACGGUUCAAUGAAGCUCUUUUCAUAGAUACGCGAGUUCAUUUUGAAGACAUGUAGUUUGGACGUCAUGAAAGAAGUAAAACAAGCGUUUGUUUGGCCGAAUUCGGCCUGGUAAUUGGUUGCCUGUUCGUGACCUUUGCCACACAUACGGAGCUUGUUUGCUUCGUGAAGCCAAUAGAUCGGUGUGCGCCCAUUCCUGAUUGAUAAAUACCCGAUCUGCAGCGACAGAGAAUGACAGGUGGCGAGGCACUGAUGAACUUCGGUUUUAUGAAGUGCUUAUGACCCAUCUGGUAGACCCCAGUGAUGGAUCAACUGCGCCAGGUGCGUCUGUGCGCAUGUUUGUGUUUCUGGUCCCAGCUGCUGGUAGUCAGGGUUAUGAUUGGCUGAAUGAAGGCACAAUAAGCCCGAAACAGUACUGUAUCAAUCUGCCCGCAUUCUCUGUCGUCCCUCCUUGCUGCUAUUAUGACUUGGCCGACUUCGGCCUGGUAAUUGGUUGCCUGUUCGUGACCUUUGCCACACAUACGGAGCUUGUUUGCUUCGUGAAGCCAAUAGAUCGGUGUGCGCCCAUUCCUGAUUGAAUAAAUACCCGAUCUGCAGCAACAGAAUGACAGGUGGCGAGGCACUGAUGAACUUCGGUUCGGUGAACUGUUUAUGACCCCACUGAUGGAACAACUGCGCCAGGUGUGUCCUAAUUUACUGUUUAACAGGAAACAACUUAUUCGUAAUGAAACAAAUGAGAGGCCGCUUAUCCAACUCCAUAAAAACGUUCCUUACAAUUUAAUUCCGAACGGGCUUUCAGCUACUAAACACCUACCGUUUUAUCCGCUUACUAUAGUUCUUUUACUAUUAUUUUGGAAGUCGUAUAAAGUCAAAUUCGAUCGACUUUUUGGUUAAGGCUAACUGAGGAGUACACCGUCCCUUCUUUGCGUGGAUAAUGUUUACCAGCGUUGGACAUAAUUAUGCUAUCGUGUAUUAAUUGGGGCCCUUAUUGUUUCUUACCUCAAACAUCCAUUAGACACAAAUAGACAUUAAUGGUUGCACAGAGCCCGCGAGCUCUAAAAGGACAAUGUGGACACUGCAUCCACUCAGCCAGGACGUGCACUAGCUUCACCGAGAGGCGCAGCUGCCACCGCGUACGCCGCUCAAGGCAACUGUAAAAUCAGAUGAGCUUCGUCCAGGCUCGUGCACUUCGCUGUUUCUACCCAAAGUUUGGUUUUUUUCUCCCUCUCUUCCGUCACGCAUACUCAACAGUCUUUUGAUAAUGCAUCGGAUACUUGAUAUUUGUCUGGGCGGAAUAUAUGGGGACUGGCUAUAGAAAGUGGGAAAACCGACGCAGCUGGAGUUCCUUUUGGGACGAGAUCGAAUAUCCGAGCUCGCAUCCGGUGUUCUGCCGGUGGGCCACUAAAGCUACGCCUACCGAGCGUACGAAUUAACCAAUAUACUUCUCCUUCCGACCCCUAAUGCGAGCUUAUUUUGGAGCUGAGCGACUCUUUUGCUGGGUUUGCAAGACGGACCUAGCAUGUGCCAUUGCAUUUUCAACUUUCCAGUGGCCUUCCUUCAUCAAUACAUUUUCUACUUACUAGCGAACUACAACUUAUUCUAAAUAUUUAACUCAUUACCAAUUGCCCUUGUGAGUGAGGAGGAAGUAGAUUUAUUAAGCACCGGAGCUAUUUGUUUAUUAUUUGGACUUGUACGGGGACCUAUCGCAAGAGAUGACAGGAACGACAGAAAAAGCGGCCUGAAGGUAGCCACGCGGGUGAAACGGGCCCUGAAUGAAUGACAGGGGCCACGAACAAGCAACCCCCUGUUAAGACAGAGGCAGGCAAGAUAUGGUAGCAUAGAUCCGGGUAAAUUGAUAAAGCAUUGUUUCAGACUUAUUCUGCAUUCACGUAGUCCAUAAUAAUCUUGAUCAUCGUUUCUGACCGGUAACACAGACAUGAUCAUUUUGCUGUUUUUUCGGCGCCAAUGACAUUUACCUUGCUCUACCAUCUCACCCACCGAACAUGGCGUUGGGAACAGUGUUCACCUGUGCGCUCCCCAAUUAUCUAAUUAUUCCGCCUAUGCGAAGUCUCAGCACGGAAUAUGGAAGGGGAAGGUCGUUGCACUUGUUGAUGAUGGACUGGGGGCCCGUGAACCAUGACUCAAGCAGCUCGCGGCUCACGCGGUUGUCAUCUCUAGCGAGAAUUUCGGCCUCGUCGAGUUGGAAUGUGUGGCCGGAUCUUGUCGAAUGAGCCGCAACUUGAGAGCUGGCGUCAUUUCUCCGCACCGCUGCAGCGUGUUCGGCCAUUCGCUUUCGGAGAUGCCUCCCGAUUUCUCCGAGCAAUCAUCACAUCAACAUCCAACACGGCACGAAUAUCGACCACGAAACAAUCAACACACCAAGUACAACGAUCCCUGUUGAAGGGGUGAUCCAUGGUGGCGUGGCAACUGUAUCCUAUAAAUACUGCAGCCCCUUCUGCAUGAACCACCCGUAUCUGCUUUUGUCUCUGAUGAUGGGUUCGAGCAGGAAUCCGAACCGUAAGGCGAAUAAAGCUCUUAUGCCAGCGAUCGUGUCUCCUUUUUUACGACUGCUUCCUGGGACUCGUCUCUUCGCUUCUAUUGACAUUUACCUUGUAAUCCCAGUGUACGAUCAUGCACCUCCUCCCUCAUAAGUUGUGGUCCACUCAUUGCGACCAGUUCGCAUUUGGAAGUUCAGUGUGACCAAACUCCUUUGAUGGGAUGACAACCACGGAAGACUCAAGCUGCUCGAGGUAUAAUUUGCCUGCGCUAAUUCGAUCGAUUGAUCUAGCAAUCCUCGACCUGACGUUUUCCGUACACUGACUAACUGGUUCAAGCGAGCUCCGGACAAAGAGCAGAGUAUUUUCUAACAAAUGCAACUAUCGUUCCACUGUCCUCCCACCUACUCGACGACCAGUGACGCGGACGAAAUUUGCCAGCCAUGCGGCCUCACCGCAACCGCAAGCUGCAAACGUUGAUUUUUGUCUGCCUACUUCACUGUCUUCGUUAAAGGUUUCGCGUUCGAGUCCUCAGCAGAUCGUGUUCAAACCUGGAGUUUUAUCCACUAGAAGCUCUCCUUGAUUACUACAUAGGAUUUGCAAUGGCGUGUAUUAGCAGACAACAAGGUUCGCUGAUGGUUCGUGCGUGUCGCUCCUAAAACACCUGGCCCCCUCAUAUGGGUCAACCUAGGUUUGAUAGUUAGUCUCGCAAUGUGUGGAACAUAAUGUUUUUAAUAGAUUUUGCAUUCCUUCUUUUUCACUGUCAUAGAUAGAGAAGAAUCGAGUUCCGAGUUUUCCAAAAUACUUGUGUUUACUCGAAUAUGCUCCUUCGCAUGCUUUUUCUCGCAUUGGCAGUAGUUCAGUUGUUAUACAGAAAAGCACGCUUUGAUCCACCGUUAUGCAUAGUUAGGCUUGGUCACCAUAGGCUUCUGACUGUGAGAAUUAACUUACCAUCCUAACUGUGUGUCACAACGUUGCUUUCAGAACACAAUGAAAGGGCGCUCUCUCCUUAGUACCAGGACUCAAUCGUACGGACUAUUAUCUCAGUCUCAAAUAACAAACAGAUGUCAGGUGUCUGCAUAACGGGUCAUUUUCGUCAGCUAUUUUUUGCGCUGUAGGCAUCCCAGAAGACUAAAUGAGUUCGUCUAGAUGAGGAUCACGGCGUAUCUCAGUUUAUUUAAAAAUCACUACUUCCGGUCUCAUAAUCGACAUCUCAGUGCUGUAAUCGGCCCUACUCCCUGUCAAUCUUGCUUCGAUUGCGUGUCCAAGAGGUAGUCUUCCCAAGAAACAGACAACCGCACGGAAUUAGAUCUUGCGUGGCUGAAUUGCGCUUCCUGGUGAUUUUGCUCAAAGUAGCCGAUCAUGUCGCCAUGAUUUUCUCGUCUAUUACUCUCCUUCGUAGCAUGUUACACGCGAUCGACCGUCAGGUGUGGUGGCAGCGCUUGCGAGGAUGCCAUGCCUACCACCUCUUGACACUGCCCUAUCCAAAUUGGCGUAUCUUUAGGAAACAGGCGCCUGCAUAGGGCUUUCUAUAUCUGUAUAUCCUCUCUAUUGACCUAAAGAGUCCCGCCCGAGCUAGCCAAAUAAAGUCGCUGUUCUCCAUUUGCGUGUCGGCUAUUUUUCAUUUUUGAUUUUUAGUAAGUGGUAUUACCAGCCUGUCCAAGGGGGGGGGGAUUCCCGCGGAAUCAAAUACAGGAAAGGGACGAUCUAAAAUCCCCGGAUAUUCCCCUAAGAAGAGGGAAAUUGUUUUCGUGAAAGCCACCUGCGACAAUUCAGGCAUGCUUUCGGUAAAUUUACCGAUAGCCUUCACACCCCAAAAUUGACACGUAGUUUAUCUGGUUAAAUGCCGCCCCUCAGACCAUCAUAGAAUUGUUCAGUCGUAAUGAGAUCUAGGUAUCAAAUGGACCAAUGGAGCUAUUGAAUGUGGACUUAUUUCGAAAUCCCAAAUGAACUGACUAACGGGCAGAGCCUGGAAGAUGCACUGCGGACCUUCCUUCUCCUCAAUGGCAGAUAUCUGUCCCCAGCACUGUCCCGCAAUGUUCGACACCAGAAUUCUGGCGGGAGAUAACUAAGUUACUUCUCACUUUAUCACAUUGCCUGUUAUGUACUGACUCUCCAUCUUCUUGAAUAAUUAGGUAAAUAAUCUCGCAACAUUUCGUCGAUACACGCAUAAAUUUCUGGCACAUUUUUAGCUUUGAAGAGAGCUUUCUCUUUAGAGUAGCCUUAACGGAUCUACCCUGAGUACGACAUAUAUGGCGAUUGCAUUUUGCACUGAAGUCCCUUUCAGAGCUCUCGUGGACGAUCACACAGCCACGAGCAGUCAUAAAUUGAGGUUUCGUCCACGGAUUAAGAUUAGAAUGACCACUUUUGGUCUAUUUCCGUUGUCAGUCGGCCAUACCUCAAUCUCAGUGUUGAAAAAACUAAAGGUUUGCGCCUCCACUCAGUUGGUCACGAAGCCUACGACCCACACCCUGCUUCACAUUGUCGGGAACAUUCAGAGUAUUGCGAGGGUGGCGUGUACCAACCUAUCCUGAUUUUACGACAUGAUCGUCCCCUCUUGCGACUUCGGUCUAGAGCGCGCAUAAGUGGUCGCAUGGUGACACGCAUUCAGUAAUCACAAGCCGUUGUUAAAAAUAACAAGGGAGGCCGAAAUAAUAAUUACGGGCUUACUCGCCGUCACCGGCCAACCAUAUCUCAGCUCCGGUCCGUGAAGGGCCGAGACUCAAACACUUGGAUCGCCAAGGCAAACUGCGGCGUCCUUAUUCCGUCUUGCGGUUAGGCAAGACAUGGCUGCGUCAUUCUCUGGUGAAUACAGUUUAACAUUCCUUCCCUUUUGGGCUCACUUUUCGACUUCACUACUCUCUACCUAAUAGAACCGACUUUGCGCAACUUUUAAAGCAGUGUAUGAGUUGGUACUCAUACCAUGGCUGACACGCCCAUUCCCUCUGCUUUAGAUUUGGGCCAGCGACUUCCUCCCAUCACAAGCGAUUCGCCGGGAGCUAAGCCAACGUGACUUCUACUCCCGUUCCUCUGGGCAAGUUCUCUUAAUGGACUACUUGGAACAGGAACUGCAGUUUAUGGCGCGGUGCAAAGAAUCCGGUGAGCAAAAUCAUCGCAUCGUGACAUUGAAUGAGGACUGGGUGUGUCUCGUGCCCUGGUGGGCGGUCUGGCCGUUCGAGACAAUGGUACUACCACGUCGACGUCAGAUCUACCGUUUGGACGACCUCCAGCCUCAUGAAGUCUCCAGUCUCGCAGCUCUUCUGUCAAAGGUGCUGGUCUGUUAUGAUAACUUAUUCAAGACGAGUUGCCCCUACUCUUUCGGCUGGUACCAGACUCCGCUGCAGUUCUCCAAGCCGGAAGAGAAGCGUCACUGGCAACUGCAUGGGCUCUUUUUGCCCCCGUUACUGCGUUCUGCAACCGUUAAGAAGUUUAUGGUGGGCUACGAACUCCUUGCGGAAUCCCAGCGUGAUCUGACGCCGGAGAAAGCAGCUGAGAUGCUUCGUAGCGCCGCUGGUGUCCACUAUCUAAAAGCUGGACAUCUAUAA